UCCGCGGCUGGUCCGGUCGUUCUCGUUAUCGUAUGGAAUUUUAAUGCUGUUGUUGUUUAGUUGUUUUCGAUUACAAAUGUCAUAGGUAUUUACUGUUUGUCCGUUCUUUAUCACCAACUUUAGACUAUUAGACAUCAGAUAAGUGCUAAGUAGACCACCACGGUCGAUGUACAGACAUACAGUGUCCAUAAUAGUUUAUCUUUGGCACAGUUAAAAGUUAAAAUUUAGAGCGUUAUAUUUAUAUAUAUAUAUAAAUACACACAGACACAACCUAUUUAACAAUAAAAAUAAGAUAAAUAAUUAUCCUUUAGGCUUGUUCACGCGUAAUUCCGUACACUUUUUGUAAAAUUAUCAUGGCUUUUCAACCUAACAGUACAGUCAAAGUUCAGGAUCCAAUCCGAGAGAACUAUGACAAUUAUUUGCUCAUCGAUGUUGGAUCGAACAUGGUGAACAAAAAGUUCAGCAGGGACUUGGAAUCUGUAUUACAACGAGCAAAAGAUUCGGGUGUUCAAAAAAUAAUUGUUCCUUGUACCUCUCUAAGAACGAGUAAAGAAGCGUUACGGUUAGCAAGAAUAUAUCCAGGAGCGUUAUAUUCAACUGCAGGUAUCCAUCCACACGAAGCAAAAUCUUGGGAAGAUAAUUAUUAUGAUGAACUGAAAGAUAUUGCUAAAAAUUCAGAAUGUGUAGCUAUUGGUAUAUGUGGGUUGGAUUAUAAUAAAGAUUUUUCAUCACCUGAUAUACAAAGAAAAGUUUUUGAAUUACAGAUUUCCUUGGCUAAAGAAAUGAAAAAGCCCAUUAUGUUGCAUCAAAAAGGAGCCCACGAAGAUUUUUUAAAGAUUAUAAAAACACAUUUGCCUUUAAUGCUUCCAGCAAUUUUACAUUCGUUUACUGGUUCUUUCGAAGAAGCUACUGAUUACAUAAACUUGGGAAUGUACAUUGGGAUAACAGGAGGUUUGUGUAAAGACAGUUCUGGUAGUGGGAUAAAAAAACUUUUGAAUGCUGGAACAUUAACAUUAGAUAGAAUACUAGUGCAAUCAGAUUCUCCAUUUAUGUAUCCAAAUGCUAGAGCAGCAAAUCUUACCGAUGCAUUAAAAUCUAACCUUACCCAAAGAUCACUGGGAUUUUUACAGCGUUACUGUACAUUUCAUCGAAACGAACCAUGUUCAUUACCUAUUUUGGUGGAAUUGUUAGCUGGUUUUAUUUCUAAAAAACCAGAUGAAGUGGCAUUAGCAACAUCAAUUAAUGCGCUUAAAAUAUUUGGAAUGUCAUAAUUUUAACACUUCAAAAAGUUGUAUGAAUUUGUGUUGGUUUUAUUAUUUUUUUUUAUUGAAUUUAUAAUUUAUAAUUUAUUAUUGUUAUUGUUCAUCAAAUUAAGGUUUUUAACUUAUAAUAACUAUUAGUCAAAGUAUAACAAUGAAAAUAUAUUGUGCCAUUUAACAACUUUUGUUAUAACUGCUACAUUGAUGUAACUAAAUAAAUAAUUUUACUUUA